UAUAAAUAAAUAAAUAAAUUUGUAUUUAGGUUUAAAUAUUUUUUAGUGUAAGGAUGACAAUGUUGAUUUUCUUUAUUAUUUUAAACGCAAUUUAUUUCAUACAUUGUGUUAGCGAUGAAGAGGUUGCACAAUUUACAAUGUAUCUGGAGGAUGAAAUGGAAAAAGCUCAAAAUGGAGAGUUAAGAAACGAUUCUUCACAGUUUAAACCUUUAAAGGAUGAACCACCUAUUGAUUUUGGAUGCUAUGAUUUUAUAAUAAUAGGGGCUGGAUCUACUGGUACCAUAUUGGCCAAUAGACUUUCCGAAGAAGAAGAUUUUAAGGUACUUUUAAUUGAAGCAGGGGGCUAUCCCAACAACUAUACUGAUGUCCCUUUUGUUAUCGGAUUGAGUAGAUUUACAAAGUUCAAUUGGGGAUACAAAACAGUCCCUCAAAAGCAUUCAUGCUUAGGCAUGAUAAAUCAACAGUGCAUCGUACCUAGAGGUCAAGGAGUGGGUGGUACAACAUUAAUAAACGAUCAGAUAUAUGUAAGAGGGCAUCCCCAUGACUUUGAUAGAUGGGAGUCGUUGGGAAACCCAGGUUGGUCCUAUGAAGACGUCCUGCCAAUUUUCAAGAAAACCGAGGCAAUGCACCAAAACAACCCCCAGGCUGUAGUGGACUGGCCGUACCACAACACAUCCGGUCUUCUGUAUGUAGAGUAUUAUCCAACCACUGAUCCCCAGUUGAACGCUUGGUAUGAAGCCCAGGCCUCUAUGGGGUAUAAUUUUGCCGAUUCAAAUAGCCCCGAACAAAUCGGAUUUGGACCGCUGCCUGCAUGUAUUAGAAAUGGUAAAAAAGUUGACGAUGGCACGGCCUUUAUACUACCUAUACUUUCAAGAGGAAACCUUAAAGUGCAAAAUAACAGCUUGGUGACAAAAAUUUUGAUUGAAAAGGAUAUGAAAGGUCAAUUAAUUGCAACAGGUGUUAAUUUUUCUUAUAACCGCACAACAUAUGUGGCCCGGGCUAACAAAGAAGUCAUUGUAUCUGGUGGUUCUAUUAAUACUCCUCAAAUUUUAAUGCUUUCGGGGGUAGGUCCUAAAAAACACUUAAGAGAAAAGACUAUCCAGGUCUUAAAGGAUUUACCUGUCGGCAAGACCCUGAGGGACCACCCUGCAUUUUAUGGAUUAUUGAUUAGUUCAAAUUACACAGAACCCAUACAACCAUUCGAAGAGUAUGUUAGAGAAUACUUAAAUGGAUAUGGUCCUCUAACGGUACCAGGUGGCUUGAAAGGAUUGUCUUUUUACAAGACCAAAUUUGAGUCGGUUGAAAAUUAUCCAGACUUGGAAAUAUUAUAUGGCUCUGGUAACUGCACAAGCGCAUUCAUAAAAAAGGAGUAUAACUUAAAGGAUGAAACAUACGAAGCAAUCUAUGCGCCUUUGGAUCCACCCAGGUGUUUUUUUAUGGUGCCUACAGUUCUCCACACUAAAUCCGUAGGAAGUGUCAAACUUAAAACCAAUGACCCCUAUGAUUUUCCUCUGAUUGAUUUCAAUAAUUUGUCGGAUAAAGACAAUAUAGAUGCCAAAACAAUUUAUGAAGGCAUUAAAAUGGGUUUAAGUUGGGUACAACACAUGCAAGCGGUUAACGCCACUUUAGGCGUAAAAAAGCUCCCAGCCUGCGAACAGUACGAAUUUUUAAGUGAACAAUAUUGGUACUGUGCCAUAGGACAAGUGACAUCCAAUCUAUAUCAUCCCGUGGGUACUUGUCCAAUGGGUCCGGACCCCAAAAAGUAUGUGGUCAACCACGAAUUCAAAGUACAUGGAGUUCAUAGAUUAAGAGUGGCGGACGCUAGUGUUUUCCCACACACUUUAUCCGGUCAUCCCAAUGCACCAUGUGUUAUGCUAGGGGAAAAAUUGGCCAUAAUUUUAAAGAAACAGUAUUUGUAAAUCGUAAUAAAAAUAAAGCAGUUUUAAAACUAUCAACA